UCUCUCCCUCGAGCCGGCUCGUAUUUUCGGGAGACGAACGAGACACCUUGUAUGCGGUUCGAUUAGGCGUGUUCGAUAACAGGCCUCCUCCCCCGGGGCAACUUCGGUGCAGACCGGCGCGACAACCUCGAUCAUGGGCGUCGGUUAGAAAUUCCUCGAGCGAUCGCGGAACCGACGAUGACCGGGAAAUUGACCAGUAUUUCUGGACCACGAUGCCGGCUGACUUUGGCCAGCCUGCUCCGAUCGAAAGCGUUUGCCAUCGGUGCGCCUCUACCUCCACCUUCGGCGGGAUGAUCGACCUGGACCUGGACGAGGAAUGGCUUCUCUACGCGGAGCUCACGGAGAGGGCGUUCCUCGCCGCGAACAACGCCGCGCUGAUCGACAAUGCGAAACCGACCAGCUCGAAGCCCAGGUCCGGUUCGAACAGGAUCGGUUCUGGCAGAACGGCCAAGAACAAGACCGACCGUCGGGCCCCGAUCCAGCCGAAGAUCCGCGACGAGGUCCUCUUCGACGAAGGGGCUGACGGCGAUCGGAAGCUAGAGGCUCCGCUGCCCAUGAGGCACAGCCUCUUCCCACACGUGCCGCCGUACAUCCUCUUCCAGAGCCACGAGAACCGCGCCAAGAAGCUGUCCAAAGACCUCAAUCAUCUUCUGCAAUGGAAGAGCACGAACACCAUGCCCAGGAUCCUCGUCAAGAUCAUCCUGAACUCUGGUUAUCGCAUCGUCAACCAGUACAGCGACUGGUCCGCCGUUUGGUACCCCUCGUUCAGGGACAUCUCCAAGUAUCAACGUUUGAAGAACUAUCAAAAGGUGAACAGCAUCCCAGGCUCGUACAAUCUCGGGAACAAGGACCUGCUCUGGACGAACCUGAGCAAAAUGAUGAAGAAGUUCGGCCAGAAAGAGUACAGCUUCAUGCCGCGCACCUAUAUCCUGCCGCGGGAGAUCCACAAGUUCGAAUACGUGUGGCAGAAGUACCGUGUCGGCGGCACGUGGAUCGUGAAGCCGCCGACCUCGGGUCGCGGCCAGGGUAUUAAAGUGAUCAAUCAGUGGUGGGAGAUUCCGAAGUGGCACUCGAUGAUCGUGCAGCGUUACAUCUCGAGGCCGAGGCUCAUCAACGGCUCCAAAUUCGAUCUGCGGCUCUACGUUCUCGUGACGAGCAUCAAUCCGACGAGGAUCUACAUCUACAAGGAGGGCCUGGUCCGGUUCGCCUCGGUCAGGUACAUACGCGGCGUGAAUCUAAGCGACAAGUGCAUGCACCUGACAAACACCAGCGUGAACAAGCUGAACCCCGGCUACGUGAUGAACGACGGCCUGAACGCGCUGCGAGCCCACAAAUGGUCGUUCGGCAAUUUGUGGGGCCAUUUGGCAGAGGAAGGCGUGGACGCGACCGAGCUGUGGCGCAAGAUCAAGGACAUCGUGGUGAAGACCCUGAUAGCCGCUGAGUCGAGCAUGAACGCCGCCAUUUCGGAGUGCCUAACCUCCAGAUACUCCUGCUACGAGCUCUACGGUUUCGACGUGCUGCUCGACGAGAAUUUCAAGCCGUGGCUGCUCGAAGUCAACAUUCUGCCGUCCUUGCACACGGACUCCCCGCUCGACACCAUCAUCAAGGGUCCUCUGGUCAGGAACGUGUUGAACAUGGCGGGCUACCAGAUCCCGAAGACCGCGCAGACAACAUCGGCGAAGGCCAAGUGCAAGAAUUACGAUUCGAUCGGGCACGACUCGAAGCUCUACAGCAUGUCGCUGAGCCUCACGGAGAAGACGAAGCAGAACGAGAUCAACGCGGUGCAGAAACGCGAGGACUAUCUCGAUCAAAUCCUGGAGACGUUGACCAGAGACGACAUCAGACAGCUGAUUCGGUACGAGGACGAGCUGGCCCAGAUCGGGAACUUCGAGAAGAUCUUCCCCGCGCAGUCCACCUAUCCGUAUCUGAGAUUCUUCGAGGUGGAGAGGUACUACGACCGUCUCCUGGACGCCUGGGAGCAUCGUUAUUGCCAACGAAGAGAGGAAGGGAUCGAGAGACUGAGAAAGUACUGCGAGCAGAUGCGACACUUGGACGCCAUCGUCGAUUAGGAUCAACGGGACCGAGGACUCGAGGAUGACGUCGCCGCCAGCGAUCUCGAUCGAUCGAGGAUAUUCGGGUUUUUCGUGAGAAUAGAAACGAUCGCCGAAGGACGCUCGGAGAUAAUUGGCAAAAUUAUAGCGCGACGCUAUCGGACAAAUAUCGUUGGUAAUUAAGACACCGGGGAGACAAGGACACGCCGCCGAAACGAUUCCGUUCCGCGUUCGCCGUGAAUGGAAUCCCAGAAAUCCGGACGAAACCUUACGCCUGUUAAUCUACCUUAGCGUUGCGCAACACCGUAACCGCGAGACGUAAGGCGUUUUGAAGCUAUAUCGGUCACACUGACGUCGUUCGAGCGUCGUCUGUUACCUCGAUCUCCACGACAGACUUCCUUUAACCCGAUUUCCCGUGCAGUUUCGCACGCAGCGGAACAAACAGCUCGCAGACCGACGGGUUUCUUCGCCCGGUCAACUCUGCCAUCGAUCUGUUUUUCACAGUUGCGCGAUCCGCCGACUAAAUCGACCGCUGCCUUUUCCAUUAAGCUCCGGUAAAUCUGAAGUCCUACCCGAGAACAAUAUUCCCUCGGAAGUACAUACAUGUCUCUCUAAUUGACGCUCGGAUUGUCCUCAAAAAUGGACAGUUUUGAAAGA